UAGAAAGAGACGAAAAUAUCCAUGCUGGCAAAAGAUUCUCUUCCUCAUUCAUUCACAUCUUUUGAUUUUCCCACCCCACCCAGACACCCAGUAACUGUACUACCACUUCCACUAUCAUCUCAUCUCAUCUCCUCGUGUUUAAUAAUAACACCAAUCUUCAAUCAAUCACUCUUCAAACAAACAAACCCUAAAUUCCAUCCUAUGGGUUGUACCAGCUCCAAGCUGGACGAUCUCCCGGCGGUCGCUCUCUGCCGGGAACGCUGCACCUUCCUCGACGAAGCCAUCCACCAACGCUACUCCCUCGCCGCAUCUCAUCUCGCUUACAUCAAUUCCCUCACCGCAAUUGGCCACUCUUUAAACCUUUUCAUCCAACACGAUAGGGCUUUAUCCGCCGCCGCCUCAGCAUCACCGCCACCUUCACCUCCUCCUAAAAACCACCACAUCGCUACCAAACACUCUUCUCCUUCACCGCCUCACUCCGAUUCCGGUUCUCAUCUUCAUUUCCACUCCGAUUCCGACGACGACGGUCAUGAAUUAGCCGAUGAUGAAGAACACGACGAUUUUCAUUCUCAUUCUCAUUCUCCUUCUCCUUUGCAUCUUCCUCACAAGCACAACGGUAAUUACUACAACGAUUCACCGCAACAACAUCAAUAUCAUAAUAAUCUUCAUAUGAAUUUCAUGAAGAAUAAACCUCCUCCUGCUUCUUCAAUCGUCUAUGAACACAGACCCAUGACUAACGAAACUGUUUAUGUCGGUGAAUCAUCUUCUUCCUUUUACAACCCUUAUCAACAACCAUAUCAACAACCGUAUCAACAGCCAUAUCCAUAUAACAACAAUAACAGCAAUAACAACAACAGCAACAACUACAACAGUAACUACUAUGGAUACCCAAAUCCUCCUCCUUCUUCUUCCUUCUAUGGAUCUUCACCUCCUCCAAUGGUUACUUCUUCCAAACCUGCUCCGGCUCCGCCUUCUCCUCCCAGAACUUCAACUUGGGAUUUUCUCAAUUUUUUUGAUAGUGAGGAAAAGUUCUAUCCUCAGACUCAUUACACACCGUCCGCCACGCCUAGCCGUCCUAGCCGUGAUUCCAAGGAGGUGAGGGAGGAAGAAGGGAUCCCUGACUUGGAAGAUGAGGAUGAAGUUGUUAAACAGGUUCAUGGAGAUCAAAAGCUUGUUGACCCUCCUAAUCAUUCUCAUGAUCAUGGUCAUCUUCAUGAUGAAGAGGAUGAGUCUGAAGUGGAAUAUGAGGUUCAUGUGGUGGAUAAGAAAGUUGUGGAUGAUGAUGAGAAGCCUAAGCCUAAACCCAAGCCCAAUUCCGCAUUUCGACCCGGUUCCAGGAAUCCCCUUGAAGUUGCCAAAGAAAUUCAGAUUCUUUUUCAGAGGGCUUCUGAUUCCGGUUCACACAUCGCGGAUAUCCUUGAAGUUGGAAAGCUUCGUUAUCAUCACAAAGCUACUUCCAAGAUGUUACAUCUGGUUGCGCCCUCAUUGUCUGUGGUGUCUUCUGCUUCAAGAAAUGCUCAAACCACCGAUCCUAACAACACGGAUCUUGAUGUUGAACUCACUACCAGGGCGCGCAAUCUUUCCUCUACGCUCCACAAGCUAUAUCUCUGGGAGAAGAAACUCUAUAAUGAAGUUAAGGCAGAAGAAAAGAUGCGGGUCGUGCAUGAUAGGAAGUGUCGCAAACUGAAGCGAUUGGAUGAAAGGGGUGCCGAUUUUAAUAAAGUUGAUUUGACUCGAACUGUGAUUAGGGAUCUGUCCACAAAAAUAAGUAUGGCAAUCAAUGUUGUUGACAAGAUUUCUAUGACGAUAAAUAAGAUAAGGGAUGAAGAACUGUGGCCACAGCUGAAGGGAUUAAUCCAGGGGUUUAACAGAAUGUGGAAAUCCAUGCUUGAAUGCCAUCAUAGUCAGUGUGAAGCAAUUAGAGAAGCCAGAAUUCUGAGUUCCGUUGCAUCCAGAAUGAAAAGCGGUGAUAGUCAUCUUCAAGCUACCAAGCAGCUUGAACAAGAGCUUAUCAAUUGGACAUUCCAAUUUGCUGGCUGGAUAAGUGCUCAGAAAGGUUAUGUCAGAGCAUUGAAUAAUUGGCUACUGAAAUGUCUCCUGUAUGAACCUGAAGAAACAUCUGAUGGCAUAGUCCCUUUCUCACCUGGUAGAAUCGGUGCUCCCCAAAUAUUUGUAAUAUGUAAUCAGUGGUCUCAAGCUUUGGAUAGAAUAUCUGAAAGGGAAGUUGUUGAUACCAUGCAUGUAUUUACCAUGAGUGUCCUUCAUAUCUGGGAACAAGAUAAGCUAGAAUUGCAUCAGCAACUGGUACAGAACAAGGAUCUUGAGAGAAAAGUGAGAAAUAUAGACAGAGAUGACCAGAAGCUGCAAAAGCAAAUUCAGGCGUUAGAGCGGAAGAUAAUCAUGCCAUCUGGGGAAGGUAAAGGUCUCUCAGUUUCCGAGAAUAUCUUAUACCAGAGUGACAAAAGCAGUAAUCUACAGGCUAGUUUGCAGCGGAUUUUUGAGGCAAUGGAGAGAUUUACUGGUGAAUCUGUGAGAGCUUAUGAGGAGUUGCUGCAACGUAGUGAAGAAGUUAGUGCCCCUCGAAAUCAUGAAUGAGUUCCCGAGGUUGAACUUUAAUCGAAGUUUAAGCCAUACCCUCAACAUAUUUUAAGAAUAGAAUCUCUCCUGCUAUUUGCUUUUCUUUACUACACAGUUUUGGGAGGAGGGGUUGGAUUUGACUUCCAUAUUGGAUCCUGGCAGUGUUUAUGCAUGAUUUGAAAGAGUAGUUCAGCAGAAAUCUUUCAAUAUGUUACGCAGAACUUUGCUUUCGAUGCAAGACAGGGACCGUGGAAUUUGUUGUCAUACGAGAGAUAUUUCAGGAUUCGAAAGUUGGAGGCUGGAGGUGUACAAUUGCUAUUUGGAUAUUCAUCAGAGUCUACAUGGGUAUCCUAUCCUGACUAACCACACAGGUUUGGACUGUUUGAGUUAUGAAAAGACCAGAUUUCUACAACAUCUAGAGGGUCUUUCUUUCUGAAUUAGAAAACAGAAAUAUGUGUUCAAAUGAAAGAUGGACUUUCAGCUACCUGACCCUGGGCAAAUCCUUUGAUGAUAAUGGAAAGGGUGCUCAAACUGAAGCAGUAGAAUGAGCUUACAAUUGGAAGAAAAGAAACAUCUGGUGAGCAAUUGGAUAAGUCUCACUGGUACGAUGAACAUAGUAGUUGUCUGUCCGAGUGACGCAACUCACUGAAUGCAUGCAUGCCCAUUAUUAAUUCCUGUAUAAAAUUAUGUUCCUUUCAUAAAAUUAUUUGUUCUUAAGUUAAAUUACUGUACAGAUUACCUAUUGACACUGAGCAAGCUUUAAUGGAAACACAUUUGGAAUAAAGUGUCACUUUUCAUUCUC